GCAUCGUCAUGCAUGUGAUUUGAGGCUCCGACUCGUAUGAUCCUUACCAGAUACUCCUUCCUGGCGAUCCUAUGGACUUUCGUAGUCGCUUGCCAACUCUUGCCUAGACUUGCAAAAAUCACAUCCGGUUCACUGGCACGUCUAAACAUCAAGUUUUCAAGUACACCUCUGCGGCAAGCUUCAAUGUCAACAUCCAACUUUUCGUCCUACCUCAAGUCCCAGAAGGCAGAUUUUCUAGCUGAUAAUGGGGAUGGAUGGACGGUGGUAAUGGGCAAUGAAGCAGGCGAUCUCGAUUCCCUCACUAGUGCUCUCGGGUAUGCCUGGUUGCGCUCAAACACAAGCGGAAAGGCGAUCGCAUUCAUAACUACACCUAGGGAAGAUUUCAUGCUCAGAGCAGAGAAUCUGCAUGCCCUUGGUCUUGCCGGAAUCAACCAGCCUUUUGAGGAGCUUUAUUGCUCGGGUGAUCCUAUGCCAUCGCAAGUGUCCCAGUUUGCACUUGUAGAUCAUAACGUCCUCCACACCAGUUACGCAUCUCCAACAGCCAGGGUUGUCGCAGUGAUAGACCACCACGAGGAUGAAGGUCAAUACAAGGAUACAGCUAAUCCCAGGAUAGUCGAACCGGCUGGAAGUUGCUCGUCUCUUGUUGCAAGAUUAUAUCAAUCAUCAUCAAAUCUUUCCAUACCCCCAGAACUGUCGACGCUCUUGCUGAGUUCUAUUUUGGUCGAUACCCGAGGUCUCAAAGAGGGAGGAAAAGCUCUUGAUGUCGACAGGGAGGCAGCUGCAUUUUUAAUUCCCCAUUACCUUUUGGCACACGACGAAGAAGUUUUCAUAUCAUCGGAUCACCAACCGAUUACACAACACCCUUCAGUCCAGUCUCUGUCCACGACUUUGGCAGAGAAAAAGCUUUCUGUAUCCCAUCUCAGCACGCGGGACUUGCUGCGGAGAGAUUACAAAGAGUACGCAUUCACAACGCCUGCGCCCGAUGACGCGGCGCAAUCUUCAAAUGGGAUAAGAGUGGGUCUCGCCACCGUCCCACUCCGUCUCUCCGCAUUAUUUGCGUCAUCGAAUCAUCCUAUGCAGGAAAUUCAAGAUUGGCUCGCAGAAAGAGAUCUUAGCAUUCUCGGUGUGCUUACUACUUUCCGGAACAAGAAAGGUAAAGGAAGGAGGGAGCAACUUUGGAUAAUCAAGACAGGAGAUGAAGGCAUCGCAGAGAAACUUUGGGAGGGCCUCGAAGCAAGCAAAGAGCUUGAGCUGAAGCGGCUUGAUUUCUCAAAGUUCGUUGGCAGCGCCGACACGGCUGAGGAAUCUGAGGACGAGGAUACUGAAGAAGUCACGACUGAUGAAGCGCAGUUCGGGGCGUCAUAUGUUGCGAGGGCGUACAAGCAGGGUAACGCGGACGCGACGAGGAAGCAAACUGCCCCCAUUCUCCGGAGACUUAUGGAAGGGAUAUGAACUCAUGAGGUGCACCGGUGAUUGCUUGACACUGUUUGAAACCUGAUAUUCGAUGCGCAUGUAUAUAUGAAGACCCAAGAUGUACCCCUAACGGUUAAUGAUUACCUUGUCGGAUUGUCUUUGCGUUCCUUCAUAAGCCAUCGGAGGUGAGCUUUCAAGCGGA